CUCCAAAGCGAGCCCAGAUUUGCCGCGGGGUCUUGUGGGGGCUGUAGUCCACAUGGGUCUAGAGGCUCGAGUACAUUCAGAGGCGAAAACUCCAUUCCCCAUCGAUCCUUGCGCUGAGCUCAAGUUGCCACUUCCUGUUUAGGGAAAGCCGGGGAUUGCUGGUUUUUUGAGUAGGGCUGUAGGGGCUCUUUGGCUGUGCUGUCCUGUCCUCGAUUUGGCUCCUUCCCCACUCGCCCAGCCCUGUCAGUAUUCCAAGUCUGAAAAGGAAUUUUCAUAUGCAGGCCAACAGGUCAGAAUUCUUCAGAGGUCAGAGAUUUUAGAAAAUUUACCUUUCAAUAUGGAUGAUGAUUCUAGACCGCUCCUCAUUUCUGAAGUGAAUAAUGAAGUUGAUCCUCAAGUUAUGAACAUUCAGUUUGAAUCAGCAGAUGUGAGGUCCAAAAGACCUUUUUUUGUGGAGCCCACAAACAUCGUCAGUGUGGCUAAUGAUACUCCAAGGGUCAGUAACCAUGCUUCUGCCAUGAACAAGCGAAUUCAUUACUAUAACCGGCUCACAUCUCCUUCCGACAGAGCACUGAUUGCACCUGAUCAUGUGCUUCCAGCCCCUGAAGAUCUCUAUGUAUAUAGUCCACUGGGGUCUGCCUUUAAAAUGGAUCACUAUGCUGACGGUUAUGGUAAAAACACCAGUUUGGUCACAAUUUUCAUGAUUUGGAAUACUAUGAUGGGAACAUCUAUACUAAGUAUUCCAUGGGCAAUAAAACAGGCUGGAUUUACCACUGGAAUCUCUAUCAUCAUUCUAAUGGGUCUUCUAACACUUUAUUGCUGCUACAGAGUAGUAAAAUCACGGACAAUGAUACCUUCAUUAGAUACUACUAACUGGGAAUUUCCAGAUGUUUGCAAAUAUUAUUUUGGCUCCUUUGGUCAUUGGUCUGGUCUAUUAUUCUCCCUGGUAUCUCUCAUUGGAGCCAUGAUAGUUUAUUGGGUGCUUAUGUCUAAUUUUCUUUUCAACACUGGAAGAUUCAUUUUUAAUUUUGUUCAUCAUGUUAACAUCACAGAAGAUGUCCUUAGUACUAAUGGUACCAACCCAGUGAUUUGCCCAGAGGCUGAAGGUGAUAGCCAACCCAGCAACUACACCUUUGAAGUUUUCCUUGCCAAUAACACUAACUUCCAGCAGUUUGAAAAAUGGUGGAACAAGUCCAGGACAGUGCCUUUGUAUCUGGUAGGAUUACUCCUACCACUGCUCAACUUCAAAUCUCCAUCUUUUUUUGCAAAAUUUAACAUUCUAGGCACUAUAUCAGUUAUCUAUUUGAUUUUCUUUGUCACCCUGAAGACUUUUCAAUUGGGUUUCCAUUUGGAAUUUCAUUGGUUUACAUCAACAGAGUAUUUUGUGCCAGAGAUCAGAUUUCAUUUUCCACAGUUGACUGGAGUACUUACUCUUGCUUUCUUCAUUCAUAACUGUGUUAUUACACUUCUAAAGAACAACAAGAACCAGGAGAACAAUGUAAGGGAUCUAUCCAUUGCUUAUUUGCUGGUGAUGUUAACAUAUCUCUAUGUUGGUAUCCUGGUUUUUGCUUCAUUUCCCUCGCCACCGUUAUCCAAAGAAUGCAUUGAGCAGAAUUUCUUAGACAAUUUCCCGAGCAGUGACAUCUUAUCAUUCAUUGGAAGGAUGUUUCUGCUGUUCCAAAUGAUGACUGUCUACCCACUUCUGGGCUACUUGGCUCGAGUCCAGUUAUUGGGAUAUGUCUUCGGUAAUGUGUACCCUAGUAUUUUCCACGUGGUGGUUCUUAAUCUCAUUAUCGUGGGAGCUGGAGUGAUCAUGGCCUGUUUCUAUCCAAACAUAGGAGGAAUCAUAAGAUAUUCAGGAGCAACAUGUGGCCUGGCCUUCGUUUUCAUAUAUCCGUCUCUCAUCUACAUAAUAUCCCUAUACAACGAAGAACGUCUGACGUGGCCCAGACUGUUAUUCCACAGCUUCAUCAUCAUAUUGGGCCUUGCUAACCUGGUGGCUCAGUUCUUUAUGUGAAAGUCCCAGGGUUUUGCUGCUAUUUCAUGGUUUUUUGAACUUGUAUAACAGCUUGGUGUAAACUGAGUAGUAAAUGUUAAUUGUGAUUGAUAGGAUUUUGAGUGUCUUCUAGGAUAUUUGAAAACAAGGAAGAAAGGGACCCAUUGACAGGGACGUGUGUGUGUGCGCGCACGCGCGCGUGUGUGUACAGGGCAGAGACAGAAAGAAAACUAGAUUUGGCUUCUUACUUUCUCUACUCAAUCCUGGUUAUCUCUUACAAAAUUGUCAAAAUCCAGGUAAAAGAAAGGAUUUACUUUCCCAGGCAGAAAUAGUUUUGUUAAGCCUUAUAUUCUUUCUAACAGAACUAUCCUUAAUUGUCCCCAUAUGUCAGUUGUUAAUUCUUAUCCAUUAAAAAUCUUUAGUGGAUAAGAUUUAGUUGCUUUUAAAAAUGUCUCUGAGUAUUCUGUAGCAUGUGGGAGAGCAAUUUGAGGGACUUUUGUAUAAUAGAAUAUUGAAAAUAGAGAUUGCUGUUUACAGGACAUCAGAGACCAUUUGGUGUCUUCACAAGAAGAACUUUGAGGCUUAGAACUUUAGAACUCCAUAGUGGGCCAGGAUUUGAAUGAUUGCUUAUCAGUCAUAUUCCUGAAGAUUUUUUGGUUUGGUUUGUGUUUUUUUUUCUAUUUUUUAAAUCUUGCUCCUUUGCUUUAGUAUUUUAUCCACAUGGAGUGAUUUUUUUUUCUUUUUUGUUUUUGCACAGUAAACAUUUUGGCAUGCUACCUCAUUCUGAUUAAUAUAUAAUCUUUCCUUCCUCUGCUUAGAUUUCCAUUUUUAGUUGCAUUUUUAAAUGAUUUAUUACUUAAUUUAGGAUUUUUAAUUUCUCAUCUAGCAGAAGAGAACUAAGUAAUUGCAGUCCAGCAGCCUACAGCUUUUAGCAUGGCAUUGAGAUGUUUGUGAAGCCACAUUUGUCAUCCUUCUUUUUUAGAAGGUCUUUGGGAAAAAUUAUAAAUACUUUACAGAGAUGGACUAUGAGUUUGAUGACUGAAAGAAGCAGCUCUGAUUUAGAAAUUACCUAGGAGUAAAGAAUAAAGUUACAUAUAAAAACAAAGGCACUACUCACAGUAAAGGGAAUUUUACAGUUUACUUGCAUCAAGUUUAUUUUACAAAUGCAGUUUUGAAAAAUGUAAUGGCAACUUACAUUUUGGCAAAUCUUUUUGUUGUUUCUGUCUAGACCAAAACUAAGAAACCAAAUUAUCCAUUAUGUAUUGAUUAAUAAGUAUUUAUUGAGAGGAAGGUGCUAUACUGGGUACUGUAGGAGAUCCAGAGAUAAAGAAGAUGUACUGCUUUCAGGGAGCUCAUAUCUAAGAGACAGGAUAAAAUAUACAAAAAUAUCUCUAAUAGCAUUAUAAGAUUUGAUAAGUGACUUUGGGGCACAGUGCUGAAGAAAUUUCAAAAAGGAAACCAGCCAUUGCCACAGAUGCUCAGGGAAAGUUUCAUGGAGGACAUUUGCAGUGGAGGGAGGUGGAAGUAAGGCUUAAUUUCUGAAUUCAUAAAAACUAUAACAAUUUGACAUAGAGUAUAAAAAUUUCAGCCUUUGUUUUAGAAUAAUCCAAAAAUGUAAAUAAUUGGGUCCCUCCCCAACUCCAAAUUGAAACACAUACAGAAAACUGAAAUGGAACUGAUUUCAUUUAAUAAACAGAAACAACUUUUUUGACAAACAUCUACAUAUUUAUCAAGUUUCUUUUAUUCUUCAUGUUUGAAUACCACUUAUUUUUUACCUACUAAUGCAAUUCUCAGGCAAAAAGUUUAAUUUUGUAUUAUGAUAAAAUAAUAAUUAGCCAUAGAAUGGAUAUUGCAUUUUUUUAAGUCCCAAAUAAGUUUAAUUUUGGAAAAACUUACUUAUUUAGGAAUCCACAUUUUAAAAGCCCUAUUAGCUUAUUACCCUAAGCUUAUUUUUAAAAACAGAUAAUAUAGAACUUGGAUUAUUUUUUAAAACACUAUUCCCAUUUAUAUUUUUCAAAAUCAAACUUUUCAUGAUCUUGUCAUUGUUCUUUUUUUUUUUUAAUCAAAUUUAUCUUAGUUCUGAUGUUGAAAUGUAUUUCUAAGUAUGGGUGAUACAUACACAAUCUGUUGUUACACUAAUUUUGUGCUAGAGCAAAACUAAUCCUUACACAAAAAUAUACAAAUAUAAUCCUGCCCUCCAAUAUCUUUGUGCUCCAUUGGCCACCUACUUCAUGGUUAUUUGCUGAUGGCAGAUAAUAUAAUAUGUAAUCAUACAUUGUGAACUACCAUUGUAAGAACAUUACAAUCCAGAAUUUUUAAAUGUAAUUUAUUGUCUUUUUAUAUAAAAAAAUUAAACCAAAAUUCUAGAGAACA